GUCUUCGGAGACAUGUACAGCAUGAUGCUGUUUCCGCUGCCCCUCCCCAAAGAUGUGUCGAUCAUUAUGGAAUCCGAUAAAGACUCCGCCUUUCAACUACCUAACCUUGCACACGCCUUCCGAGAAUUUCUGGGAACUAGGGAGGUUGGCGAGUUUGUUAGCGGGGCGCUUGCCGGAGCCAUGACUAAAGCUGUACUUGCCCCUCUUGAGACCAUCAGGACAAGAAUGGUGGUUGGUGUUGGCUCCAAAAAUAUUGCUGGUAGCUUUGUUCAAGUUAUAGAGGAGCAGGGUUGGCAAGGAUUGUGGGCUGGAAACACAAUCAAUAUGCUUCGUAUAAUUCCUACACAGGCUAUUGAGCUUGGCACCUUUGAGUGUGUAAAACGGGCAAUGACAUCUCUCCAAGACAAAUGGAAACUGGAAGAAUGCCCCAAGAUGCAGAUAGGUUCCAUCAACUUGAACUUGUCUUUGUCCUGGAUUUCACCUGUUGCUGUGGCCGGGGCAGCUGCAGGAAUUGCCAGCACACUCUGUUGUCACCCUCUUGAGGUUAUCAAGGAUCGGUUGACUGUAAGUCCUGAAGUCUACCCUAAUCUGAGCAUUGCAGUUAGGAAUAUUUAUAGAGAUGGUGGUAUUGGUGGUUUUUAUGCUGGUAUAUCACCUACUCUGGUUGGCAUGCUUCCGUACAGCACAUGCUAUUACUUCAUGUAUGAUACAAUAAAAAAGUCUUACUGCGAGACGAAAAAUAAGAAGUCUUUAAAUCGUCCAGAGAUGCUUGUAAUUGGGGCUCUAGCGGGUUUUACAGCCAGCACAAUUAGCUUCCCUUUGGAGGUGGCGAGGAAGCGGUUGAUGGUGGGAGCUUUGCAAGGUAGGUGCCCGCCAAACAUGGCAGCUGCACUUUCAGAAGUGAUUCGAGAAGAAGGCUUGAAGGGACUCUACAGAGGUUGGGCUGCGAGCUGUUUGAAGGUCAUGCCGUCCUCUGGCAUCACCUGGAUGUUCUAUGAGGCAUGGAAGGACAUACUGGUUGUCCAAAAGUGUCAUUCAUUAUAGCCUAUCAAAAGCUACCAUGGGUUUGUUAACUGCACAGAUUAUGCAAGUUAAUCAUGGCGAACCCUUUUUGUUUUUGAAUUUGAGAAUUGGUGAUUUAAAUACCAUAAGAAAGAGGGAUUGCAUAACCAUUUGGCCUCAGCAGCCAGUUGGUUAGCUUGUAGGGAUUGUUCACUCCUGCUAACCAGUCAGCCUGACUCUUUCAUUUAUUUAUUUUUUAGAUUUUAAUAUUGA